UGUGUGUGUGCAGCUCGUGCAAUGUGAAAACUGUGUUUUAUAUAGAUAAGAAACAAAUGCAGAAAGUGUUUGAGGUGUUUGAAUAGUAAAACGUGUAGUGACAUUAAUAUUAACCCAGUAGAAUCACUUCUGUUUUUAUUGUUACUCAACAAAGUGCUCCUGCUGCUAACUGGAGGGCUAAUGGUGACUGAACCCACCAUUGGACCUGGACCUCAUGUUGCCUGUUUGCUGUGAUGUUGAUGCUUCAGUAGAAGAGAGUGAUCAUCAGGAGAUGGAGGCAGCAGCUCUGGUUGCUCCAGUCACAGCUGUGCAGUUCAUUCACGAUCUGUUUCUCCUCACAGGUGAGGGUCCAGUCGUGACGGUGUACAGUCUCAAGCCUUGUCCUAAAGCGUCUGCUUCACUGAGUGUGCUCCAACACUACAGAAUCCAUGGAGUCACACCAAGACAUCAAGACGCUGUCACAGCUCAGAAGAAACAUGGACUGAGCUCCACCACACAGCCUAACUUCUGCGACCUAGCAGUGUUUGGGGGCAAGGCUGUGAGGCUGGUGAGGCUCCAUAUGGGUCUCCAGGAUGGGGACCAUCUGCACUUGGAGAUCUUGGGUCCCCUCAUGGAGUUACAGGACUGGGCCCUGGAUGUUCGCUGGCUCUCUGCAGACAAACACUCACUUCUCUGUGUGGCUUUAGCUCACAAUAGUGCUCUUCUCCUGGAUGUCAACAUGGGGACUGCCCUGGUUCAUUGCUCCUGUCUGGAGGGAUGUCUGCUGUACUCUGCCCUCCUGCUUGUCCAUGAAUCUUGGGCAGAUGUGGUUUUAGUAGGAGGGACUGUUUUCAACCAGCUGGUUCUCUGGAAGCCUGGUGGAGGAGAUGGAGGAGGAGACAGUUAUUCUAAAUGCAAAGCUCCAGUGGAGAGACGUCUGCUGGGGCACAGUGGGGUCAUCUUCGACAUCUCAUACCUCCAGGAGAGGGGGUGGCUGGCUUCAGCCUCCGAUGAUCGCAGUGUAAGGGUGUGGGGUGUAGGUGUUUUAGGGGGCCCUGGGGGUAAAUGUGGGGACCUGAAUCCAUCUUGUUUACGAGUCCUAUAUGGACACCAGGCUAGGGUGUUCUCUGUGUGUCUCUCCCCCGGGAAGGUGUUCAGUGCUGGAGAAGACGGGGCCUGUUUAGUCUGGGACUGGGCUGGAGGUGGGAAGGUGGCUCGGACAUUGAAGGGACACCGAGCAGGGGGCGUGCGUUCACUGGCAGUCAGUGAGGGGACAGAAGAUGAGAGAUGGGUGGCUACAGGGGGGGCAGAUGGAGGGGUGAGGUUGUGGAGGUUGAAGGAGGCUGAGGAGAAGACGGAGGAAGCAGUGACAGAGAAACUAACGGACCUGAAACUCCCCCACAGUAUGCCUAAAGUGGUUUGUGUAGCAGGAGAAGAGGAAGAAAAUGAAAGUUGGAGCCAGAGUAAGAUCGUGGUUUGCACUGACCAAGGAACUAUUUAUCAAUACAGCAAUGGGACGUGGGAGGACUUAUGGCAAGGGACUCCUGACUUUCAUUCUUACUGUGCGAUGGAAACAGUCUGCGUCAAUGUGAAAGACUCCACAGCCAAAGUUAGUUUGUGUGCUGUAGGAAACCUCAGUGGGUCCAUUCAGGUCUUCCCCAUUUCUCAUCCUCACGCUGGAAUCCUCCUCUCAGGUGGUUCAGGGAAGAUCCACAGUCUCAUUUGGAAAGAGGGAGGCGCAGGCAUGUGUUUGCUGGCAUCGGGUGUCGAAGGACUCGUCUAUCGCUGGUGUAUAGAGGUAAAAUUAAAAGAAGACCAAUCCUUAGCCCUCAAUGCCAAUCCUCUUCUUCCUUUCCUUCUUCCCCCUUGCGCCAAACGGUGGCUGUUGGCAGCAGUGUGCCUCCGCUCCAGGUCACAGGGGGCGCUCUGGGUUUGCGGGGACAGGAGAGGGUCCCUGCUUUUAUACCAAGAAGGAGGAAAAGUAGUGCCAAAGAAAGGAGAUGAUGCACAGGCCGAUGAAGGAGAGGAAAACAAAAGUGAUGGAGUUGGAAAAAGCAGUAUCAUGGAGCAGAGAGAGAAUAGUGAAGUGCACAAACUACAGCUGCAACCUUUAAGCUGCCUGUUCGGGGUGCACGGAAAACAGGGUGUAACAUCGGUGUGUGAAUACGGAGGACUCCUCUACAGCACUGGCAGGGAUGGCUGUGUGAGAGUUUUCAGAGUUCUACAAACACCACCAGCAAAACCGGAAGAAAACAGUAAAAAUAACGCUGAAAAGACUGCAGAGAACAACAAGCAGCUUCAGCUGGAGGUGCUGCGAGUUCAGCGGGCCUGUAAAGGUAUGGAGUGGCUGGAGAGAGUUCUGAUUCUCCAACCUGAUAUUCCAGAGGAAGAGGCGGCCAGAGAAGAAUGUGGGAUUCAUUCUAAGAUGAAAGGAGAAGAUGCACAGGCAGGAAAUGAGGCAAGAGAAGCCAGGUUUGUCAUCGCUGGCUUCCACGCUGUCCACUUUGUGGUCUGGGACCCGGUGAGGCAGGAGAGGCUGUUUGCGGUGCCUUGUGGUGGGGGGCAUCGCUCUUGGGUUCUCUGGCCUUCACACAAAAGAGUUUGGCCUGGAUAUGGAGCUUUGGUCUUCAUCAAGCACGGGGCUGUCCUGGCUUCACAUCCUCCCGGAGAGGAAGCACGCUUGGCCGGUAGGACAGGAAGGACUGGAGGAUGGGGUCUGAGAGAGGGCAUCCACGGGAGGGGGGUCGGGUGUGUAUGCAGGCUGGGGAUGAUAGAGGGAACAGGCUGUGACAUUCAAACAACUGCAAGUAUGACGGAAACUAAAAGAAAGGAGGUGGAGCAAGAGCAUUGGGAGGUGUUGGUCACAGGGGGAGAGGACACCAGCUUAACCAUCCUCGCGGUACAUCCCAACUCCGGCAACAUCAAAGUUCUCUCAGUAAUUACAGACCACAUCUCGAGUGUAAGGACAGUGACAGCAAUAAAGCAUGCAGGGGGAGAGAGUGUUCAUCAGUCACAGUCUCUCUCCGCCUUGCUCUUCUCAGCCGGCGGCCGGGCUCAAAUGCAGUGUUACCGGCUGUUGAUUGGCUGGGACCAGCAGAGAUUGAUUCCUUCCUGUCAGGUGAUCCAGGUGGCCAGUCACCGGCUGGAUGAACAGUGGGAGAGGAGGAGGAACCGACAUAAGACGGUGAAAAUGGAUCCAGAAACAAGGUACAUGUCCAUAGUGGUGGUGGAUGAGAGGACAGACUGUGUCCUUCUGGCUCUGGCCUGCAGUGAUGGAGCUGUCAGACUGUUCUCUGUCAGUGAAGUUAAACGUCGGAUUGAUUUGUUGUGGGAGACGUUUCACCACCAGCGCUGUGUGCUCAGUGUCGCCACCUGCAGCCUGGAGGACAGAAGCGGCAACAGGUAUAAGCUGCUGUUCAGUUCUGCAACAGAUGGCAAAAUUGCAGUUUGGGAUUUGACUGACGCUUCCUCCUCAAACGAUACUUCGAGCAAAGCUCCGACUCCACCGAUCCCCUGCCUCAACAUUCCUGCCCACCAGAGCGGCAUCAACUCAUUGGCUGUUUGUGCAGAGGAACUGGGACAAGAAGAAGUCGGUUGCCUGGUAACUGUUGCUAGCGGAGGGGAUGAUGGGCAGCUGACAGUGUCCACGAUCAGGGUGCAGUACCCAGAAGACGGGCAGACUGGGGGCAGUAGAGGGUUUUCUGAGAUUUCACAAACCCAGUUCCAACCCCUGAACCAGCUCCAGCUUCAUCUCCACGGUCACUCCCACAUCCCACUGGCCCACGCUGCGCCUAUUACCGCCGUAAAGCUCCUGACCCCAGGCCUGGUGGUCUCUACUUCUUCAGAUCAGAGGGUUUGCCUGUGGAGGGUCUGCAGUACCGGUAUCAGCCACAGAGAGACGCUAUGCUCCCAUGUUGCUGAUGCCGCAGGACUUUCUGUGUGGGAGGGGCAGAUGAUGGACAGAAAGGAAGGAGAUGAAAACACAAUAUUUGAGUCUGAGGAGAUUUCAGUUUGUGGAGAAGUGAUUGAGGCAGGAUUACAAACAGAAGAGAAGAGCACAGAGGCGGGUGGGAGGUUCUGUAAGGAAACAGAAGAUGAGGCUGAGGCUGGAGAACCUGUUGAAGCAGUGAGAAUGACAGGUGACCCAGAUUGUGACAGCAGUGAUGAGAGAGGAGGCGAGACAGGAAAUCAAACACACACUGACAGCGUGGUUAAGAGAGAGAGUGAGGUGACAGAUUGUUGUGAGAGCAGGAAAAAGAGAGGGAAGACGGGAUGGGUGCUGGUCUGUGGUCAGGGCCUCCAGCUGCUCCGAGUCACAGACACACGGACAGAGGGAAGAAUAAAAAGAGAGAAAAACAGAAAAAUGAAUCACACGGUCAAAGUGACUUUACAAGACAAGUCAAAGUAAGUGGAAAUCACAGUGGUCGGAUUAUCUGAAUGAACAUGUUUUUUGACAUUAUUUAUAAAUCAUCUGUAAAAUGAUCGUAAAAUGAAGUAGUAGGAAAUAAUAUUCAAUUGAUUUUUCAUUUGUAACUUUUAAAGAACAAUUUUAUUAAAUGAUUUUCAUUCUCCAGCUUUUACAAAGCAUCAGAAAUUGCUCAUUUUUAGAUUCAACAGAGAGACAGACAGACAGAGGGAGAAACAUUUUCAAAGCUGUAUGAAGAAAGAUGAAGCUGUUUAAAUUUGUCAUUAAUUACAGCCAACCUUAAGAAAACCCACAGAAAAUAGAUGUGGGCCGAUCUCGAUUUCCUUUUGCACAGUGACUGUCUUCAAAAAGCAUUUGGGGUUCAUCAAGAAAAAAUAAAACUUCAUGACUAUUUCAGUGAAUCAUUAAAACCAUCUCUGAUGUGUUUGAGCCCCUUUCAAGGAGAAGCACCACUCUUGUUUUUUUAUACAGUAUGUAACAUCUCAGCCAGGAAAUAAAGCAUUUUUUUACUUGAAAAGACUCUUGAUACUGAAGAAAUGUGAAAUAACAAGGACAAACCAAAGGCAGCCUUCACUAAAUGUCUCAAUGCACCAAAAUCCACAAAGAAAUUUGGAGAUUUAUGGUUUAAAUGUAAUUAAGAGUUCAAGCAA